AUGUCUUUCCCCAUCCAUGUCUUGUAUCAGUGUUCCAAGGAUAACAUAGAGAAAAUCUCUUCAGUGUAUAACUCUUUUUUGUCCAAGUAUCCAUUGUGCCAUGUGUACUGGAGGAGGUAUGCAGAUCACUACACACGCUUAUGCAGUGUUGAGAAGGCUGUUGAAAUCUUUGAACAAGCUGUGGAAACUGUAACAUAUUGUGUUGCUUUGUGGGUCGACUAUUGUAAUUUCAGUAUCUCUGUGUUUGAGGAUCCAUCUGAUGUUCAUAGGUAA